AUGAUCAUACCUGUACGAUGCUUUACUUGCGGUAAAGUGAUCGGAAACAAAUGGGAGACUUAUCUGAGUCUGUUGCAGGCCGAUUAUUCAGAAGGCGAUGCUUUGGACGAGCUGGGUUUGAAACGAUACUGCUGCCGACGAAUGCUGUUGACACACGUUGAUCUUAUCGAAAAAUUGCUAAACUACAAUACAGAAAGCUCGGACGUUGCGGUCGAAGGAUGA